ACGGUUGUUGAGGUAAAAGAAAAAUGGCAUUAUCCGGCGAUUGCCGGAUCUCGCCCUCGGCCACUGACUACUUUCGUGGCAGCGGCACCAGUGCUAGAGUCGCGAUGAUCGGAAGUAACAGUAAGCUUGUGAAAUUCUGUAAUGGAGAGUUUAUGGGGAAGAAGCUCAAUCUCAGUCAACUCCGUCGUCAGGGCCCUCAUAGUAAGUUGCUUAGGCCUUACCUCUGCAUGUCUCUCACAACCGAUGCUCCUUCUGACGCUAAGGCUAAGCUGAGGGAUCUGGAGAUGGAAAAGCGGGACCCACGGACCGUUGCGGCCGUUAUACUAGGUGGAGGAGCUGGAACUCGUCUCUUUCCCCUGACCAAGCAAAGAGCCAAACCUGCUGUACCCAUCGGAGGUGCAUAUAGGCUUAUUGAUGUGCCAAUGAGCAACUGCAUAAACAGUGGGAUAAACAAAGUUUACAUUCUUACUCAGUUCAACUCUGCAUCGCUUAACCGGCAUAUUGCACGUGCCUACAACUUUGGCAAUGGAGUUAGCUUUGGAGAUGGUUUCGUUGAGGUUCUAGCAGCCACUCAGACUCCAGGAGAGGCAGGUAAAAGGUGGUUUCAGGGUACUGCAGAUGCUGUGCGGCAAUUUCAUUGGCUUUUUGAGGGUGCCAGAAGUAAGGAAAUAGAGGAUGUGCUUAUUCUUUCUGGUGACCAUCUAUACAGGAUGGACUACAUGGACUUCAUGCAGAAUCAUCGGCAGAGUGGUGCUGAUAUUAGUAUUUCUUGUAUACCUAUGGAUGACAGCCGCGCCUCAGAUUUCGGUUUAAUGAAGAUAGACAACAAAGGGAGGGUCCUGUCAUUUAGUGAAAAACCAAAAGGAGCGGAUUUGAAGGCAAUGGGAGUAGACACAACUGUUUUGGGGUUAUCACAAGAAGAAGCGCAAAAGAAACCAUAUAUUGCUUCGAUGGGAGUGUAUAUCUUCAAGAAGGAGAUACUUUUUAAUAUUCUGAGAUGGCGUUUUCCUACAGCAAAUGACUUUGGAUCUGAGAUAAUCCCUGCUUCAGCUAGAGAGUUCUUCAUCAAGGCUUAUCUAUUUAAUGAUUAUUGGGAGGACAUUGGCACAAUUAGAUCCUUCUUUGAGGCGAACCUUGCCCUCACUGAACAUCCUCCAAAAUUUAGCUUUUAUGAUGCUACAAAGCCAAUGUAUACAUCAAGAAGAAACUUGCCACCAUCAAGGGUUGACGCUAGCAAGAUCAUUGACUCAAUCGUAUCGCAUGGAUGUUUUUUGGAUAACUGUAUCAUGGAGCACAGUGUCGUUGGUAUACGAUCCCGAAUAAACUCUAAUGUGCACUUAAAGGAUACAGUGAUGCUUGGUGCUGACUAUUAUGAAACUGAUGCUGAAGUGGCAUCACUUUUGGCUGAGGGAAGGGUCCCAAUUGGAAUAGGAGAAAAUACAAAAAUCAGGGAUUGCAUCAUUGACAAAAAUGCAAGAAUUGGGAAAAAUGUCACAAUUUCUAACUCAGAGAAAAUUCAAGAGGCAGACAGGUCUUCAGAAGGGUUUUACAUCCGUUCUGGCAUUACCGUCAUAUUAAGGAACUCAACAAUCAAAGAUGGAAUUCUAAUUUGACAGUAUCUUUCUCAGUCCCACUUUGGGAUCAAUAAACUGCAAAUUAGCAGGCUCAGUAUGAAACAAGUGCCUUAAAUGUAAUUUUAUAAUUUUAAUCACAAUAGAUGUGAAUCCCUGUAUGUGAUAAUAUGGUUAAACUAUGCAGCAUAGAGCA